CUUGUGACGAGGCGUAAGAGAAGCGGGACGAGCUGGACACCUUGCUGGCCUGAUCUGAUUGGUCGUACGAAUCUACCUUCUCGAAGGAAGCAGGCUUGACGUAGCUGGUGAAGGCACGGCCGUAGGUAGCAGCCUGGAUGCUUGUGAUACAGCCUUAAGUGCACCAGCAAGGGGAAGAAGACUCCAGGCAAUGGCAGGAAGCUGACACGACCUCUCCAUUGUCCUGUUCCCUGUCAUUUCCUCCCGGAUCCUCUCACUGCCCCCGAGGAAGACAAGGACUGCUGCCAGAGCUGCAGCCUGGCCGUGGAGGAUCUGUGGAGACAUCAAGAAUAAAGGAGCAGAGGAGAGGACAAGGAACGGGUUGAGCUGAAGACCCAGUACAGCUGUCAGUCUUUAUUCUCCACCUGGGAUCACGAGCCACAGACAGAGCGUGAGGCGAUGGCAGGAGCAGCAGCAGGAGCAGAGGCAGGAGCAGGAGCAGCAGCAGGAGCAGGAGCAGGAGCAGAGGCAGGAGAAGGAGUGCUGAUCUUCUGUCUUCAUCAGUGGAACCAUGUGCUACCCUGGGAAAUUACCCCACCGACAAACAGCACGUUGAGACUUCGUUAGCACAACCAGCCAACCCAGUGCCUCUCCAGCCCGAUCGAACAGAAGCAACCCACCAUGACAGAGUAAACAAAGCGAAAUCAUGGGAAUGAUGAGGAAAAGCUAUUUUCACGUGAUUCACUCACUGCAAAUCCUCCAACACCCAGCCAUGUCUGUGUUGCAGAGAGAGAGGAAGCAGAGGAGAGGUGCAAGUCAGACUCCCAAGUAAACAACCUGCAGAAGCUACAACUCCAUAUAAUCCAUGCUGUGUUGGCAGUGAGGUUUUGGACCGGGUCUUCAGUGGUCUUCAGUGGUCUGGGGUCCAGGUCGGUCUCCAUCUUCUUUAUGAAUCAUUCUUAUGUUAAAAGGAGAAGAAAUGAUCCCACAUGUGGCACAUCAAAGGUACCGUAAGAAUGGAAAUUAUAGAAACCGGCUAAUAUUUAUGUUGCACGGUAUAAUGUGACAGCAAUGAAUAUUUACACAGCCAUUAAAGGAAAUAAAAGUAAUUGUUUUUCCAUGCUAAUCCCAUCUUUUUCUGCCAGCUGCUCUUUUUUCUGUUCUGUUUUAAAUGAAUGUUUCAUUCAUUUUCAUAGAGUAUCGCGCUGCAUUCCUCUCCACAGGUAAGUCAAAGCAGAUGGAGCUCAGAGUGGAGGCAGUCUGACUGACAACGCAGUACAGUCCAAAUGAAAUCCUUUUUCUUCUGGGUGCACCUUCAAAGUCACCUCCAUCCUUUUAAUGUCUUUUUAUUUGCUUCUUGACAAAAGGGAAGUGGUCGAGGCCAGGAGACUGAGCUGGUGAACAAAAGUGCACGCACAAUAGAUUUGCCACAGGCAAAGAGGGAGGAUUAUCUACAAGGCGGCCAUGUUGGAUUAUGAUGUUUUUACAUCGUCUUGCAGUAGGUGACGGGCUGGAUUUCACUCCCAUCUGGCUGCAGAGGAUGAAGCUACUGUAGAGCCUGACGUUGGAGAUUAAAGCUCGGGGAGUGAAGGCGGAAGGGAGGAGGAGGAGGAGGAGGAGGAGGUGGAGGUGGUGGGGGGGUCCCGUUGGCAUUCUUUAACAAGUCUGUGACUCACUCGUGUUCAGAGAGUCAUCUGUAGAUCAGGAAGACAAAAAGACGCUCCAGAGUCUUGGUGUCAGUCAACAGCGUCGGAGAGGUCAGGCGUCAGUGGUGGAAUGGACGUCCUGUCAACGUGGAGUCUGUUUUUCUCAGCGUUAUACAUCUGCGGCACCCAGGCCCAGCAGGUCUUCAGAAAUGAGCCCAGGAACCAAACUGUGAGGAUGGGGGCCACAGCUGUGCUGAGGUGUGAGGUGCUGCGGGCCUCUGGGACCGUGCAGUGGGUCAAAGAUGGUCUCCUCCUGGGACCUCAGAAGAGCCUGCCAGGCUUUCCACGCUACAGUAUGAUUGGAAACCCCAAGAGAGGACAAUUUCAUCUCCAAAUCGAAAAAGCCCGACUGGAGGACGAAGCCGUCUACGAAUGUCAGGCUGGCCAGUCUGAGAGCAGCUACGCCAUCGUGUCCGCUGAAGCCUGGCUCAACGUUUUAAUUCCCCCGUCCAGCCCAAACUUUGAACUGGACCUGGAGGAGACACCAUGGGUCGCUGGGAGGAUGUAUACCAUCGCUUGUGUCGCCGCCGAUGCGAAGCCAGAGGCUGAAAUCAAGCUUUUCAAAGACGGAGCGGAGCUGACAGGUGUCGGGUCUUUCUCCAUGCCUGGCUCAAAGGACAAGCUGCUGAACACACAUGCUACAGUAACAUUCACCGCUUUGAGCUCUGACCAUGGGAGACCGAUGUUGUGUCAGGCGAAGAACGCUGCCCUGUUCCGACCUGUGGAGACCACGUUGACCAUGAAUGUUCUCUUCCCACCUCAGCCUCCAGUUAUUAUAGGUCUGGAGACAGGGGAGGUCAAAGCAGGGCGAAUACUGACGCUGGUUUGUGUUUCUCACGGAGGAAACCCCUUAGCCACUCUCCACUGGAGUAAGAAUGGAGAAGUUUUGUCAAAGACUUGGGAAGAGGACAUCGUGGCUCAGAAGUCCAGCAGUGUCCUCAACCUGAGGAUCACCCCUGCCGAUAACCAGGUGGACGUGUGCUGUGAGAGCGUCAAUCUGGUGUCCCUGUCACCUCUCUCUGCCUGCCGCAGAAUUACCGUGCUCUUUGAACCUGCAGUGGUGACUCUCUCUGGUUCCUUCGUGGCCGUCGAAGGACAGGAGCUGGAUAUGUGCUGCUUUGCCGCCUCUAGCAACCCCCCUGUGCAAAUUCGCUGGUGGCUGGGGAACAAGGAGCUCAACAACACAGUUGUCUCUGUGAAGGAGGGGGACCAUGGUGGGAUGACAACCAUGUCCAACAUAACCCACAAGGUCUCCAGGGAGGAGGACAGUCUCACCCUGACCUGCGAGGCUUUCAACAAGGGCACAUUCUUUUCCAAGACCCAGACGGCCACACUCAGCGUCUACUACCCUCCCCAAAGGGUGUGGCUUGAGGCUCCUUCUCCAGACAUUCCCAUUCAUGCAGGGACCAAAGUGCGACUCACCUGCUUCUCCACUGGAGGGAACCCCGUGGGAACUCUAACCUGGUUGAAGGACGGAAACAAAGUGACCUCAAUGCAGAGGCAGACAUCUUUUGAUCGUGGCGUGGCUCGUGAGCUGGUUCUGGUCCUGACAGCAAGUGAUAACAACGCUUCCUAUCGCUGUGAUGCCACAAAUGAAGCGAAGAAGACCAUAUCUGCCUCCACCGCACUAAAGGUGUUUUUCACAGCCAUAAGUAUGAAAAUAACAACCAAACAGGAAGUGCUUCGUCGAGGGGACACAUUGAGUCUGGACUGCCAUGCAGGAAGCAGUAACCCAAAGUCCAACAUCUCCUGGACCGUGGGCUCUCAGAGGUUCCCUGGAGCGGAGCAGCCCCCCACGAACGCUCAGUAUGGUGGGGUUUCAGUGCUCAGCUCUUUAUCUCUUCAUCUGGGUUCACAGCAUCACAACCAGAGAGUCAUCUGUCAGGCCUACAGCUCUGUGCUGGCUGAGGGAACCAGCACGUUCUACCAGCUCAACGUUCUCUACCCGCCAGAGUUCCGCCAUCCUCAGCCAGCACAGGUCCAGGUGGUGGAGGAUGACACUGCAACUCUGCCACUGUUGCUCUCUGCUAACCCACAGGAGGUCUCCUGCAUCUGGCUGCAUUACAAAGAGAAGCUGGUCAAAGAGGGCAAUCUGCGCUACCACGGGUCAGACAACUCACUGGAGAUCAAGAAUGUGACCAGAAAAGAUGCCGGCGUUUACACUGUUGAGUGCACAAACGAUGAGGGUGUCAACAGAACCUCCAUCAUCCUGGAUGUUCAGUAUGCUCCGAGUGUGAAGGCAGAGAAGGACCCCGUGUUUGUGAACAUAGGUGGAACUGCAGACCUCAUAUGUGUGGCUGAUGCCAAUCCCAUUAUUCCUGACAUGUUCUCCUGGAAUUGGCUGGGAGAAGAAGAGGUGGAUAUGGGAGAGACGACACAGGAUGAUGAAUCAGGCCUUCUGACCAUCCAUGAUGUCACCCGGGCUCACGCUGGUGUGUACCAGUGCACGGCCAAUAAUGGUCUAGCACCCCCUGCCAGCGUGGAUGUGCAUCUGGUGGUGCAGUUCAAACCACAGCUCCACAAAGGGCCGCAGUGGAGGAAGGUCGCCAGCAGAGGGGACGGCACCACCACGGCUGAGGUGGUCUGUCAGGCAGAGGGUAUUCCUCGCGUCGACUUCACUUGGGAGAAAAACGGCGUUCGCAUGGACUUUGCAAACCCGAGGUACGAGGAGCAAACAGUGAGGGAGGGGUCCUUCUACACCAGCACCGUUCGUGUCGUGAACGUUAGCGCAGCCCGUGACUACGCCGUCUUCAGCUGCACCGCGCGCAACGCCCUGGGGGACGAUAAACUAGACGUCCAGCUCGUCAGCACAAGUCGCCCUGAUCCUCCGUCCUCCUUUCGUCGAGUCAGCAUUAGCCAUGACUCGAUUACUCUGGAGUGGAUCCCUGGUUUUGAUGGAGGUCGGAGACAAAGAUUUCGUAUAAGAUACCGUUGGGAUCAGUCUCUCAGUUUCCAGUACGUGGAUGUCUUCCCUCCCGGUGCCACAAUCUUCACUGUGACAGGACUGAAGCCCGUGACCACCUACAACUUCUCCGUCAACGCCCUCAAUGUGAUGGGGGAGAGCGAGUAUGCUGACAACAAUGCAGUACUGACCAUCUCCACCAAGGAGAGGCCAGAGGAAACCCCAGGAGGCGAGGACCCGGUCCUAACCAGUGCGAUAGGAGUUCCUUUUUAUUUGAUAGUAGUUUUGACGGCGGUGUUUGGCGCCCUGCUGCUGUCCAAUUCUCUGGGCUGCUACUUUGGACGCAGGUGGAAAAAGAAUAAAGUCCGGAAAGUUUCUGUUCCUCCUGCAGGGGAUGGAGAGAGUGUGGUGGGUGGAGGGAAGAACAAAGAGGAGGCGUCCAGUCUGUCCACUGUGGACACCACCAACACCUACAAGAGCAGAGAGAUGGUCAACGCUGCAGCCCACCGCACCCUCCUCAUCGAGUCUGGAUCAGAGGCAGACAGCAACGUAUACGAGAGCUACGCCGCGGAAAGUUCCCAUUAUUAUUACCCCUCCGAUGGCUACGCGGCGACGCUUGGCACGCACCCUGAGGAAAUACGCAGGCACGAUGUCCACCGACCCCCUGUGGGAUCACACUUGUAUGAAGACGUAAGACAGGGAGGUUUGUACCAGGAUAUCCUGGCUUCCUCUCCUUCUUCCCCUGUUCCCUUGUUUGACCACACAAUGCCUCGGAACCAGUGGAGACCACCAACCUACAGUCAGCAGGGUCCUGAAAGAGCGAGGGCUCUGCCAGAUUCUGAACUUCCCUUUGAACUACGAGGAGAGUUGGUGUGAGACCGUGGUGUCGGAGCUGCCAUAACUCACUGCUUGGUCAAUAGGUGGUGUGCAGUGUGCAUAGAACAUGACAAAUACAAUGUUAUUUAUAUCUACUCCACCACGGGAUCUCAAAGUACAGUCGUCCCCCGCUGUAUCGUGGUUCGACUGUCGUGCCCUCAGUGCAUCGCAUCGGUUUUUAAUAUUUUAAAUGUUUUCUUGUAUUGCUUUUUUUUUUUUGCUCCAUCGCAGGUUUUUGCAGUAUAUGAAAUUUUUUACAUUUUCAAUAUUCUCAUUAUUUUUGUGAUAAAAUAAGGUUGCUCUAACCUAAGAAGAAAAAAACAGUUAAAAAAUUUUGUAACAUACAUACAGGGUAUUGUGAACCUGUACGUACGGGUAAACGAGAUCUGUGAAAAUUUCGUUACGUUUUUUGCCAUAUUUCACACCCUACAAUGCCUCCUGAAGGGUUUGUAAUUAUAUAUAUAUAUAUACGUAAAUAAUAUAAUAACUACAGCGUCUCUACUUUGCAGUUUAUUGCCUGUCACAGGUAGAGUUUCUAUUGCUGUGUUUAUUUUGGAAUGAUGUAUAAAAACCGCAUUGUUUUCUAUAUUGUGAACAUCAAACACUGUAUCUCUGUUCUCAUGGGUCUGACUUGACCAUUGGUAAACUCAAACCAGCUAAAAAUAAAAUCAAGUAAAAAUAAUGCAAGGGGAAAAAAAGUAGAUGAAAAAAAAACCAGUAUUUCAAAGCCUGUAUCACGUCAUGUAAUUUGUUUUUCCUUCUCACUCCACGUCUUCCUCCCAGGACCACGUGUUGUUGUUUCACCUUUAUCCUCUCCAUUGAAGCCCGGUGCUGUUUACUAAUCACUGACCACCUCCCUGCUUUGUCCCCCAGUUGUAUACGGUGCCGUUAGGGGGCCGGAGAAUGGACGGACACCAAACAUUGUCCAUUGUUGUUGUCACACCAGCGUCCAGCCACUGUAGCCGGUCCGUUCCCAAGUAGGUUCCUCACAGUGGCUUCAUAGAAAUCCCUGCAACAGGAUUCCACUAAGAACAUAAUGUUGUCUUCAGAAGGUAAAACCUUAUCACAUGCCACAUGUCCAAUCCUGUUUCCUCACCACAGAGAAAUGGUCUGUGACUCCAGAGCUGCUACACAACAAAGCUCUUUAGUUUUUUUACUCAAACUCUUCGCCCAAAGAGUUUGAAGAAACAGAAGAAGCUUUUUACAUACCUUAAACACAUACACAUACAUACUGUAUACACCUCACAUAUACACAAGUUCUGCAAUCCUCCAAUCACAGGCCUGAUCCUUUAACUGCUGGGUCACAGGUCACACUUUCUCACGAUGAAACGAAAAGUCGGUAUUUUAAAAAUGCACGCUCUGAGUUGCCGUGGCUGGAAUGAUUCCAUCUACAGUACAGUGGUUUUGGUGUCUGUUCUGUUGAGAUCACAGAGUUGAGAGGAAGACCAGGCUACAGACAUACAAGUGUUAAAUUGUUAUUUUUUGUUAUUAAGUGUGGAAGUGAUAAAAGUUUACCAGAUUGCAAGUUUAUUUAGUGAUGACAGAACUGAACCAUGAUUAUCCUGCGGCUCACCACCAACAACUGUAAAAACAAACUGACGCAGACUCAGAAAAUUCAAUUUUGUUUAGAGGCAGCAGGAUUUAUUUUAACCAAAAAAAUGUCUUGACAAUAAUACGGUUGUUUUUCUGACAAGAUAUGACAAAAAAUAUAUACUUUUCUAACUAAGGAUUUAUUCUUCAGUGGACUUUAUUUCCACCUGCAAUAGUGAUGAGUGUCUUUUUGGAAAAAAAGAACUUUAACUGCAGGGAAUAUUACAACCCCACUUUGAUUCACGGUGCAAAAUGAAAAAAAAAAUCUUUAACAGAACGACUCUAUUGUUGAGGCAGAAAAUAAUAGUGAGUUUUACAAGUGGUGGAGAUUUUUCACAGCGGUUUUCUACUGAUCAACUACAUCUUAAAUACUGCUGCUGCUGCUGCUGCUGCUGCUGCUGCUGCUGCUGCUGCUGCUGCUGCUGGCGGCUCUGUCUUCUUAAUAGAGGAGGGGAUUUUAGUUUGUCAAAAAAACCCUUUGGUUGACCGUUUAUUUCUACAACUUCCUCAGUGCGGCUCAACUUCCUCUUCUUCUUUGUGUUCACUUCUUGCUCCAGAGAUGGUACAAACUGAGCCCUUCUUCAUGUCAUUACAGUUCUGACAGCUUCUAUUUAACCCUGAUAUUUUUGCUCAGUUUUGUUAUUGUUGUUGUUCACACAUUUGUCUAACCUACAAAAAUUCCCUCUCCUCAUCGGGGGCCCGACCGCCUGCAGAUAAAUCUCAAUGUGACGCAAGACUGCGUUCUCUCAAUUAGGUUCACUAUUCUCCAUCAUGAGCUGUCAAGGUAUGUUUGUCUCAUUACUGAGCAAUUGUUUAAGGUCCUGUCGAGCUGACAGUCGCGUUCAUACCACCGAGUGUUCGUGAUGCAUCAUCGUCUCCGCUCAGGCAGCGGCAGUAAUCUGCUCGACUCAGGCUUGAUCACUCAAUGCUGCCAGACAACUUCUAUUUUUUCUCACAUGCAUCAUGAAUAUUUUUUUUUCUAUAAUGUGUUCAUCACAAGCUCAAGGAAGCUGAGACGAGCCGGCUGCCACCAUGUCAAUAAAAAAAGGAUUCAUGUUUCUGGCUUUUCUCUGCUGCUGUGAGCAAUCAGACCGACGCGUGCCCUUCAGUCGGUGGCAAUAAAUACAACACAGUUGAU